UCAGAACUCAUUCUGGUUUUACUUUUACAAAGUCUAGUAUACUGGCGUACGAUAGUCAACAUAUUCAAUACUAGUUUUACUUUCUUGGAUAGGAGGUGAAUGUUUGUGAUAAAAUGCAAGUUAUAAAGAAAACAGAAUGAAGCUUGUCGUACACCAAAAGAACUUCAGCGAGGAUAGUCUUGUUAUCAACCCUAAAGAUUUCCCAACGUUAAAGAAGGGUGAUAUUGUAGAGAUUUAUUUACCAGAGGAUGAAUACAGCCGCUUGCUGUUACAAGUGACAUCAUUCCGUGAAGACUUUCAGCAGAAAGAUGCUAUAAGUGUAGAACAAUCAAUAGCCAACAGCUUUCAGCUUAGAACUUAUGCUGAUGUGAUAGUAAAUCCUGUCAAUCCCAAGAAUGUUGGGUUAGAUUCUUUGGAACUGACAUUCAAGGAUCAGUACUUGGCACGAAGUGAUAUGUGGAGAUUGACACAGUCUUUGGUCAACACAUGUGUGUACCCAAACAAGAAGAUUGAAUUCAGUGGAAUCAGGUGUCAAGUAUAUGAGAUGUGGGCUCAGGGUGAACGAGUUGCGUGUGGAGUUGUAACCAAAGACACAAAAAUUGUUUACCGUUCAGGGAGUAGUAUGGUUUAUCUGUUUAUUCAGAUGAGUUCAGAAAUGUGGGACUUUGAUAUCAAUGGAGAUUUGUAUUUUGAAAAGGCUGUUAAUGGAUUCUUGUCUGAUCUAUUUGCCAAAUGGAAGAAACUGAACUGCAACCAUGAUGUUACAAUUGUGCUUUUUUCAAGAACAUUUUAUGAAGCUCAUAGCAUUGAUGAAUUCCCUAAUUACAUGCGAGAGUGUCUACAGCAAGAUUACAAAGGAAGAUUCUAUGAGGAUUUCUAUAGAGUUGCUGUCCAGAAUGAACGGUAUGAUGAUUGGAAUUCCACAUUGAUUCUUUUAAAGAAGUUGUUCAACCAGUAUCAACAGAUGGUGCUUGAAUACCACCAAAGGGAAGGAGUGAAAAUACCUCAUGCAGUGAACUCUACCUCUUCACAAGGCAACUUUCUGGAAGUGCUAAAUAUGUCCUUGAAUGUUUUUGAAAAACAUUAUGUGGACCGCAGUUUUGACCGGACAGGACAACUAUCAGUUGUAAUAACACCAGGAGUUGGAGUUUUUGAAGUUAAUCGAGACCUUACUAACAUUACAAAACAGAGAAUUAUUGACAAUGGUAUUGGAAGUGAUCUUGUGUGUCUUGGAGAACAGCCACUUCAUGCUGUGCCAUUGUUUAAGUUUCAUAACAAACAACGGCCUCGUAAUUCACUAUCGGCUGUAGAUGACUACAACAUGCCACACUGGAUUAAUUUGAGCUUCUAUUCUUCAACAAAGCAGAUCAGCUAUUCGACAUUCACACCUAGGAUCAAACUUCCUACUCCUCUUCCCAAGGCAGCAAGAGAGAAAACAUUACAAAAUGCUCUGUCAUCCACCCGUGCUCGUCAUGUCAGUCAGCCAGACUCCACAUUUCCAACUUUGUUUGACUAUGAUGAAUAUGAUGAUCAAGUUUUUAAGCUACCAUCUUAUUCUCAAAAUGCAAGUAGGGUUACACACAGUCUACAGAGGGUUCCUGGAAAGAAAAAAGGGAACCGUUCAGUAAAGAACCCUUCUUCAAGACUUGGUAGUGAGGAACCAACAUCUUGUUUUCUCAGUUCUGAACCACCACCAACCACUUCUUUGUUCUCAUCAUCUGCCAUUUUAAUUCCUACACUUGACUCUUCAAGUCUGUCUUCUUCGUAUGGAGCCCAAAAUGCAGAUGUUCCAGACUUAGGCCAUGCUCCUCAUCGACUUCCUUCUAGGGAUGAUAUUGAAACGGAAUUUUCACCUCCAGUGAGGGCAAUUGUAGGAAGUGCUGGGUCAUCCAAAGGUCAUCAUUUGAACAAACAAGUGAUGAACCGCAAACCUAGGGCUUUGGUUAAUCCAUUUGACCCAUCUCAUGUCACAAUCAAGCUUACAUCCAAUCGAAGGCGCUGGACACAUGUGUUUCCACAAGGUCCAACUGGUGUCUUUAUGCAGCAGCAUCAUUACCAAGCUGUACCUCAAAAUACAGCAGCAACAAUGAUGCCUCCCACAGUGGAUGAUGACAUUAUUUUCAGCCAGGAUCAGCUAAGGUUGGCAGCCCUACACAGAGAUCCUCAGUGGAAUAAAACUCUACAAGGACACCAUCACGUAAUAGAAGAUUUAACAGAAUCAGACAGAAGGAGAGUGUCAACAAAAGCAGCUAGUCAACUUUGUAGUGGAGAAAUUAAUUUAUCCAAUAGUGGUGGAAGUCUCGCAACAUUUGAAGGUAGAUUUCGUACCUCUGGUAUAAGAACAUCAACUUAUGUGUCAUCAGAUUCUCACAUUGACAGAAACUUGACUUUAUUAUGGGGUGCCACAGGAGAGCAGGAGUGGACACCAGCUUUGACCACUGGUGUUGACUGGAAAUCACUUGCCAUUCCAGCUUGCCUGCCCAUUACAACUGAUUAUUUUCCAGAUAAACGAAGUUUGCAGUAUGAUUUUGUUGUUUCUGACUAUUUUCUUCAACCAGAAGAUAUUAGCUCAGAGCUGACUCUCAGAAGAUGUUACAGAGGGGAGGAGGAUACCAAACAUCAUUGUCCAAUAACAGCAGCUCAAGUUUAUAGGGAACUCAUUAGCCAAAGACUGCAACAGGGUUUCCAAGUUAUUGUAAUGCCAAUACACCAUCCUUCAUCCUACCAUGCACAGAGUAAUUUAAGUCCUCAGUUUACUUCAUCACUUGUUUGUGCUAGAGUAAAGAACGACCAAACCGAACAUGAUGAAUGCUUGAUGAGUAUUGGGAGAAUAUUUCACAAGAUGACAUUAGAUGGUCCAACCAUCACUGUCACUCAGUACAGGCCAAGACACCCUUGUUCAACCCGUAAGAGCCAUUACUGCUAUCGAUUCCAAGCACCUGACAAUGACACUUAUGGAGUUUCGUGGGUAGACUUUGCUAGUGAAAAAUUGGAAACUUACAACUGGAACUACCUGGACCAUUACAUAUGUUUGAGAGGAGAAGAUGAGUAUAAACUUAAAGAGGGUCUGAAGCAUUGGAGAUUGAGAUUGUUCUUGCUGCCAAAUGUUAACUGCACCACCAAGAGCAUUACUGAUGACAGUUUUUCAUGUGAUUCAUUCAGUGACCUUAGUAGAGAAGAGGUUCUGCAACAGCAAGAAGGUUUUCUAAAAUUUUUAGAAGUACUUAAUCGAAUUCGUCGACCAGUUUAUUCUCGUAAGUCAAAGAGGUUACAGACACAUGCUCGACGUCUCAGUUUAGGACACUCAAUCUCAUUUAAUACUCAAGUUUCCCAGAAUUCUGUUAGUGGAGGAACAUCAAAUAAUAGUGGCCCCUCUUUCAGAGAGCGAGUGGGCAGCAACCGCAUACAUGAUCGACCACGAAAUGGUUCAAAGGGUGUAGAACGUGGAAGAGUAUCACCUGCUUCAGAAGCUGACAACAAAUUAGGAGGGUCAAACACAUCAUUAGAAGGAACUUCUGAAGGAGUAGAUUCUACAGAUGAAGCGGCUCAAGCAGAUUUAAAACCUUUAAAUGCAAAUUCACCUCAUGCUGAAAUAAUUGAAGCCAUGAAACAUCAAGUGAAUGGUUUGAGUUUCCUCAAUAAGCAGUCUGGUCUACCACCAUAUUCCUUUAUCAGUGGAGAGGCAGUAUUAUGGGUGAUAGAAAACAUAGAGGGCAUUACGUCCCAAGUUCAGGCCAUACAUUUUCUUCUGAAUCUUCAACAAGAAGGCCUUAUUUGUCAUGCUUCAGGAGUUACAACCAUACAAUUUAUUCAUGGUUUUUAUUUGUACUAUUUGGUAUGUCAAGAAAAAGAUCAAACCAAAGUGUCAAACUCUGAACUUCAAGAGGGAGAUAUUCGAUUAUUUCGUGAAGAAUGGCUUGAAGUAGAAUUACUACCAGUUUCUGAGUCGCCACAACAAAUAAUUACUCUUCCAUGGACAGAAAGAGAACAGCCAACCGAUGAAUGGCACAUAACUCAACAUGUAGAGAAAAAAAUUGAGUUUAAGGCCACAAACAUUGACAUUGAUGUUGGUAAGAAAAGUGGUCGAGAAGAAUGGGGACACUUACAUUAUCAUUCUAUCUUCUGUCCAUCUGAGGCCUUUGAAAUCCUUGUCGAGUGGUUGGUUGCAACAGGCAGCAUAUUAGCAGAUCUGGUACAAGGAUGGGCAAGAAAAGCAGUAUCUUAUGGGUAUCAUCUUGUUCCCGUUCCAAGUGAUCCAUUUGCCUUACCAUUUUCCUCAAACUCUGAUCCUUUACGAGGACCCAUCUUCAUUCCUUUUAAUCUUGAUUGCCUCCCUGAUACUGAUUCGCAGUUAUUAGGAGGUGGAGCACUUGAAUUGUUUCAAGAACACAUUUUGAGACGAUUUGGGUUUUUGAUUCAUCGUGACCCUGCAAGUCAAAACUAUUAUGUACACGUAAGCGGUAGUGCUUUUGUUAUGAUUCCUAAUCAAAUUCCAUCAGUGUCUGGUUGUAUUAACAUUAAAAAACGAACACAGAAAUACCAACAACCCAUUUGUAGCCCACAUGAAGAAUAUAUUACAAGGCACUUUAGUGGGAAGAAGAGUCGAUCAUAUGAUGCCAUUUCUAGCCACGAGGCAAAGAUUGGAUUUCUUUGGUCAUACAAUUACAUGGUGACCAAACGUUGGAAGACACAAAACACUGGAGAUGAGCACUUCAUGAAAACACUUAUGAAUGAUUUUCAUGCAUUUUGUAACAAUGAGAAUGGACGACUUCAAGACUGUUGGGAGAACUAUUGGAUGACAGGAUGUCAACAUGUGUUGGGUUUAGAAUAAAGGAAUGGGUAUAUCAUUCUGGCAAGAAAAUAAAGUAGGCAAACCAUGAAGUUUUGGUUUAUUUACUGUACAAAUAAUGAAACCAAUUAUGCUAUUGUUUUCAGAGUUAAACCUUCAUUUAUAACUAAUAUUGAGGACAAUUUAGAAGUAUUUAACUGUCUUGGAAAGGGAAGAAUUAAACACCAGAAAUCACAUGGUUUAUUAAAGGCAUUCAAGUGAAAAUAGAGAGAAGACGAUUGAUUUAAGUGUGUAAAGAUCAAAUAUCAAAAGAUGCAUGUAAAUCUUAAUAUAUUUUUGAAUUAAAUGAGUUAUGAUAGUUGGUUAUUUAAAUCAGUUUUUAGUUAGACAAGUAAUAACGAACUGGAUGAAACAAGUGAGAUCGACAACUAUAGUUUGUGGUUUAUUAAAAGAACAAUUUAUAAUUAUUUAUGCCUUGAUAAAAGCCAGUGUUGUAAGAUAUCAGGCAGAAAUUUUGAUUAUUUGUAUUUGCAUUUGUCCAUAAUAAUGAUUUCACAGAAUGUGAAAAUGAUUUCUAAGGAAUAAGCAUGUUGGAAAUAGUUUAAUUAUUCAUAGAUAAUUACAAAAUCAGACUUGCAAGACACUAUAUAUUAAAGUAUUUUGAAAAAUUAACUUCAGUUUGUUUCCUCUCAAGCUCUUAAGAACUUAUAUUAUUUUAAAUUGUGUAAAACACGAUCCUAUAAUUAUUAUACAUGUUCAUACACUGUUCGAAAUGUAAGAUUAAUGCGACGGCCACGAUCAUGAUACUCCUUUGGCACUCGGUGCUGUAAAAGAACAUAAAUAGAGUUAUACCUAGAGUAGCACAGAGAGCCAAAUUAUAGCCCAUGUAGUGAUUUAGAACAACAGGAUUCCACAUUUUAAUGAUGUAUUACAUACAGGUUGAAUUUAUUUGAUGUGAAAGUCUAACAUUAUGUCUUUCCCAACUUUAUUUUUUUUUCUAACAAAAUCUGGAGGCAUUAGUUAGUUUUAUAAAACAUUACAAAUAGUUAAUUGUACAACUUAAAUAUGUUUUUUUUUACAUGCACCACUGUCCCUUUUGUAACAUCUUAGCCUAGUUUAAUUCAUUUGAUAAAGAUAUUGUCUAUUGUAAAUUUUCCCCUUAAAAAUGGUAUAAAAGAAGCACAUAAGUGAGUUUUUAUUUAAGAUGAAUAUCUGUAAUUAUAUAUGAAAAACGGCUUCCACUAUAGGAGUAUGUUAUUGUUCUAAUAUAAAAUUAAUUGCUAAAAUAUAUGAGAUUUACAUUUGUGAUAACCCCUGGUUGUUAUCUUUAUUGACAAACAUUCUCAUUUGAUAUCUUUACCUUGAAUAAAAAAAAAUGGCCUGUGUUGGUGGCUAUCUA